AUAAAAUCAGAGAUGUGGAGUUUCUGGAAUUUUAGUUAAACCGUGCCAUGAUCAAAAGCACAAAGUGCUUACACACGAAAUUAUAGUUACGUUUCAAAUCGUGGAAUACCUUAAGCAAAGAUGGUCGGUACAAUUGAGCUACUACGCCCUCAGUGUGCAGCACACAGUGCGGGGGCCGGAAACAUUGGAAUAACAACUUUACUGCAAGCAUUACUAGUCUCCCAAUGUGAGCUCACAGCUUCUCAACUAUGGCCAAAAGAUUAUGGCUCUCAUUAUAUUGACAAAGGAACCGAAGUCUUUGAUUUUAUAGUAAUUGGAGGUGGAACAGCCGGUUCGGUGAUUGCAGGGCGACUAAGUGAUAAUCCAGCCUACCGAGUUCUAUUGAUUGAAGCAGGAGGUGACCCUCCUCUCGAAUCUCAAGUUCCAGGUUACGGGCUCAUGCUUCAAAUGAGCAGAGUUGAUUGGAACUAUACAACGGAACCUAACUUCAAGUCAUGCUUAGAUUUUCCUGGAGGAUCUUGUCCGUGGCCUCGAGCCAAAAUGUUAGGUGGAUGCUCAGCCAAUAAUGCCAUGCAGUUCAUCCUAGGAAACCGGCGAGAUUUUGAUGAUUGGGAAAAGAUGGGAAACCCAACAUGGGGGUGGAACGAUGUGUAUCAGCAUUUUCGUAAAACGGAAAAUUACAGACCUCCCAACCCAUAUAAUGUACAUGGAACUGGAGGGCCACUGAUUGUAGAUCGAUUCAAUGGAGGCUUUCAGGAUAUAAAACAGUUGAUCAUGCAAGCAGCUAAAGAAGGUGGAUAUGAGGAUGUUGACGAUUUUCGUGAUGGUCAUUAUUUAGGAUAUGGACUAUUGAAUGCUUUGAUAAUCAAUGGGACACGAAAUACACCCGCCAGAGCUUUUCUCCAGACGUUGAAACCCAACCUGCAGGUAAUCAAGAACGCUAUUGUCACGAAGAUUAACUUCGAUGAAAACAAAAGGGCUCAAUCGGUAAAUUUCGUCUAUACUGACGAAAAAGGCACUCAAUAUCAGCUGACAGCAAAAAAUUCAAAGGAAAUUAUUUUAAGUGCUGGCACAAUAGAAACUCCGAAGUUGCUUAUGCUCUCUGGAAUUGGUCAUCAAGAGCAUCUAGAAUCACAUGGUAUUCCCGUGAUAAGUAAUCUGCCAGUCGGUGACAACCUCGAAGAUCACGCCACUAUUACAGUUCUUUUUAAAAUGAAGCCAAAUGAGCCCGGAUUCAUUUUUGAUCCAUUAUUUGAGUACCUGAUUCAUCGAACAGGUCCUUUAGCCGGCGUAAAUGUCCUAGACGCAACUGGUUUCCUGGAUGUUCGCAAUGAAUCGGGGAUAUAUCCAUCAAUGCAAGUCCAUCACCUAUGGUUCCCACAAGGUACACCAUCCCCACUCUUAGUACUUGGCUCACAGUCACUGUCAAUACCGAACGUCCUUAUAGAAAAUAGCGUUCUGGGGAUGAUGUUUAUUCUAAUAAAUCCAAAAUCAAGAGGAACCAUAAGAUUGAAGAGCACUGAUUACCUUGAACAACCGAAGAUAUCUCCGAAUUUUUUUUCUGUAUAUGACGACGUUAGACUUUUCCGCGAAGCAAUAAGACAAGGAAUAAAGCUUGAAAGGACUCCGACAUUCAGGAAGUACGGAAUCAAACAUCUCCGACAAGUCCAUCCCAAGUGUUCUCUUUUCGGCGACGAUACAGAUGAAUACUGGGAUUGUUACAUAAGACAUGCCAACAACUUAAUCUACCAUCCAACGGGUACAGCCAGAAUGGGACCCAUUGAGGAUAAAAGAACCGUCGUUGACCCAAGGUUACGUGUAAAAGGAGUGAAAAGACUUCGAGUAAUAGAUGCGAGCAUUAUGCCGAAAAUCGUGAGUGCCAAUAUCCAGGCAACUGUAGUUGCAAUCGCAGAAAAGGGUGCUGAUUUCAUUAAAGAAGAUUGGAGCUGA